CCCUCCAGGCAGGGAAGCCGGUGGCCCUCGUGUGCCGGAGGACGAACACAUGACGGGUCUUGUGUACAUCACGUGUACCCGGCCCUGUGCCAGGCCGUGAUGCGGUGGGCGGGGGUAGGGGGCAGUUCCUAUAUGGAGAGGAGCCCUCUCGGCUUGGGGUUGGCAGCGAGUCGGCGGUCAGCGGAUGGCGGGGGCGGACAGGGUAGGAAGCAGGCCCUGUGGGCCCGUCGCCCGUGGGGAGCUCCACAGGAUGAUCAACCACAGAGAUCCGGAAGGAGAAAUCGCGGGAUGCGGCACGAUGCCGCCGCAGCAAAGAGACGGAGGUCUUCUACCAGCUGGCGCACACCCUACCCUUUGCCCGGGGCGUCAGUGCCCACUUGGACAAAGCCUCCAUCAUGCGCCUGACUAUCAGCUACCUGAGGAUGCACAAGCUGCUGAACUCUGGAGAAUGGAGAGAAGAGGCGGAAGCAGAGGAACAGGUGGAUGCCUAUUACCUGAAGGCCUUGGACGGCUUCCUCAUGGUCCUGACCGAGGAAGGGGACAUGAUCUACCUCUCCGAAAACGUCAACAAACACCUGGGCCUCAGUCAGCUGGAGCUCAUUGGACACAGCGUCUUUGACUUCAUUCAUCCCUGCGAUCAAGAAGAGCUUCAAGAUGUACUGAGCCCCAGGCAGGGUUUCUCAAAGAAGAAAGAAGUGAAGACGGAACGCAACUUCUCUCUGCGCAUGAAGAGCACGCUCACCACCAGGGGGCGCACCGUCAACCUCAAGUCGGCUACCUGGAAAGUGCUGCAUUGCGCCGGGCACAUGCGGUCCUACGUGCCUGCCAAGCCGGCUGAGGGGAAGGAGGCAGAGAAUGGCUUCGUGGAGCCCCCGCUACGGUGCCUGGUGCUGAUCUGUGAGGCCAUCCCGCACCCGGCCAACAUUGAGACACCCCUGGACAGCGGCACCUUCCUCAGCCGCCACACCAUGGACAUGAAGUUUACCUACUGUGAUGACAGGAUUGCGGAGGUGGCUGGCUACACCCCUGAAGACUUGCUUGGCUGUUCCAUCUACGAGUACAUCCACGCCCUGGACUCCGAUUCCGUCAGCAAGAGCAUCAACACCUUGCUGAGCAAAGGGCAGGCCAUGACCGGGCAGUACCGUUUCCUGGCUAGGAACGGCGGCUACCUGUGGACCCAGACCCAAGCCACAGUCAUCUCCAGCAGCAAAAAUUCCCAGCCCGAGAGCAUCGUCUGCGUUCACUUCAUUUUGAGCCAAGUGGAGGAGAUGGGGUUGGUGCUGUCCUUGGAGCAGACGGACCGGCAAGGGGAACAUCGCCGGCUGCCCCCACCCUCCCUCGAAGGACUGGACUCCGAUGGGGCUCUGGAUGAGUUGGACCCCAACGGGGGAGACACGAUCAUCAACCUCAGCUUCGAGCUGCGCGGCCCAAAAAUCCUGGCCUUCCUGCGUCCUGCCAACAUCAGCGAGGAGGAAUUGCAGCUCGACCCCAAACGCUUCUGCAGCCCCGACCUCCAGAAACUGCUGGGACCCAUCUUCGACCCCCCUGGGGCCCAGAGCCAAGCAGGAGGGGCUUUGCGGGCGAGGCCCAUGGCCACACCUCCCAAGCCGGCUCCGGUUGCCAAGAAGGCUUCUGGAAGAAGCAGCCCGACCGACCUGCCAGAAGAGUUGCUUCUUGACAUGGAGAACGUCCAGAAGCUCUUCGCUUCCAACAAGGAGGUGCAGUCAAUGGAGACCGCGCUGCAGGAUUACGAAGGCCUGGACCUGGAGAUGCUGGCUCCCUACAUCUCUAUGGACGAUGACUUCCAGCUCAGCAGCACCGACCACCCCCCGUGGCUGGCCGAGAAACGUGGGGAGCUGGGGGCGGGAACCCGGCCAACCUCUCCACCCCCGCGGCCUCGGUCCAGAAGCUUCCAUGGGGUGUCCCCUCGCCCGCCCGAACCGGCUGCUCUCCCACGCUGGGGCAGCGACACCAGCCUGAGCCAAGCCCGGCCCGGCCAGCCACUCGGAAGCAUCCCGUGCGAAGCAGGGCAAGUGGUGGAGAUGGUGGCGUCUGUCAAGAUCCAGUCUGUGCAGGAAGGGACCAAUCUGAACGGCCAGGGGGCCUCUGUGGGAGGCAGGAAGAGAGCCCGGGAGCUGAGCGUGGAAGAGGAGCGGGAGCUCUUCCUGGAGGCGGGCUCCCCUAAGCGUGCCCACGGGCAUGAGCCGGAGGGAUUUCUGAUGCCUUCCCUUAGCCUGGGUUUCCUGCUGAGCGUGGAAGAGUGUCUGGAUACCAGGUCUGAGCGGGGCUUUGGCAGCACGGUGGCCCUGGGCAGGAAGCUUCUGUCGCUGGAGGAACCAAUGGGCCUCUUGGGGGACAUGCUGCCUUUUGUGGUGGACGGACCGGCGCUCUCUCAGCUGGCCCUGUACGACGGCGAGGACGAGGCCUCCGUGCGUAGCGGGGAGCACUUUCAGCUGGGCGAGGAGCUCCUCGUGGAACUGGAGCAGGCCACCUGAGAAGGCAGCUCCGCUCGCCACCGCCGCACCUUCAUCCCACACUCCUUGCUCCGCAGAUGGGACGGACGGAACCAAAUCCAACCCCCGAAUCAUCCAUGAGAGGCAGGGCGGGAGGGUCUCCUUUCUCUCUCCCCUCCUCCUCCUCCUCCUCCUCCUC